AUGGGGCAGCAGCUGCAUAUAAAUAAAAAACAAGAGAAAAAUUCUAUGAGAGAAGAAAGCAUGGACAGAACCAGUGCAAAUCCUGUGAAAGAGGACAAGAAAGAAGAGCUGCUAGAGAUAGAGAAAGCCAUGCAUGCCCUGUGGAGGGAGAGAAAGGACUACGAGGUGGGCCCUGAAAAGGGCCAGAAGAAGUAUUUUAUCACGUUCCCGUAUGCGUAUAUGAACGGAAAGCUGCACCUUGGACACAUGUUUAGCUUCAGCAAGGCGGACUUUAUGGCGAGAUUCAAGAGGGUGACAGGGCACAACACGCUCUUUCCGUAUGCCUUCCACUGCACGGGGAUGCCCAUUAAGGCCGCAGCAGACAAGCUGAGGGACGAGCUUGGCGGCGUCAGGAAAACGGGGCAGUCUGAGAUCAUGCGGUCCAUGGGGAUUGAGGACGUGGAGAAAUUCGUCGAUGCAAAGCACUGGCUUAGGUACUUCCCGGUGGAGGCGCAGAAGACGCUGGAGCUCUUUGGGGCUGCUGUGGACUGGAGGCGCUGCUUCAUCACCACGGACGAGAACUGGCUCUACGACUCGUUCAUCUGCUGGCAGUUUGAGAAGCUGAAGAAGCAGAACAGAAUCUCCUUUGGGAAGCGGUAUACGAUAUACUGCCCGAAGGACAACCAGCCGUGCAUGGACCACGACCGGCAGGCCGGGGAGGGAGUGCUCCCGCAGGAGUAUGCCCUUGUGAAGCUGCCUGUGACUGUCCGCGGGGAGACGCACACGAUUCUCGCUGUGGAGAAGGAAAAAGACGGGAGAAAGUCGGGGCAGGACAAGUACAAGUGCGUGGUAAGCACGUCGAUAACGUACAAGGUCGUGGAGGUGGACGGAGAGAAGCUCGUUCUUGCCGAGAGCUGUCUUGCCAACAUGCGCGCCCAGAACUACACGCUGAAAGAGGUAGGCGAGAUGGGGGGAAGCAGCCUCGUCGGAGGAAGGCUUUCGUACAGAGGAGACAGCCUGGAAAUCGAGGGGACUUCUGCAAUGGGCCUGCCUGCGUCCAAAAUUGUCGUGUCCAGGGUCGCAGGCGCCGAGAAAGUUGACAAAAAAGACGUUAUUCCCCUCGAAAAAAUAUACCCUGAAAUCCGGUACUACGAGCCAGAGUCAAAGGUUGUCAGCAGGUCGGGGGCGGAGUGCAUUGUCGCCCUUGUCGACCAGUGGCACAUCAACUACGGGGAGGACUCGUGGAAGGCCCUCGCGCAGGAGUGCGUUGACAGCAUGAACAUCACGCGAGAAACAAGAGAAGCCCUGAACUUCGGGCUGGGCUGGCUCAGCAAGUGGGCGUGCAGCAGGAGCUACGGAUUGGGCACGAAUCUUCCGUGGGACAAGCAGUACGUGAUUGACUCCCUGAGCGACUCGACUAUAUACAUGGCAUUCUACACGGUAAAACACCUUCUGUCAAAGGACAUUUUUGGAGAAGAGCCGCUGGUUGACAGAGACGCAGUGAACUACGACUUCUGGGAGGCAAUUUUCGGAGACGGAGAUGUCCCAGAGAGCGUCCGAAAGCACCCUUCUGUUGUGAGAAUGCGGGAGGAGUUCGAGUACUUCUACCCCGUCGAUUUGAGGACGUCUGCGAAGGACCUCACAAACAACCACCUGCUUUUCUUCGUUUACAACCACGUCUCGCUCUUCAGGAGGGAGCUCUGGCCGCAGAAGAUAUUCACGAACGGGCACGUUCUUUUGGACAACGAGAAAAUGAGCAAGAGCACAGGAAACUUCCUCACGGGGGAAGAGGCCAUUGUGAAGUUCAGCGCAGACGCAGUCAGGCUCACGCUGGCCUCGGGCGGAGACACAGACCAGGACAGCAACUUCUCGCAGCAGGCGUGCAAUGCAGCAACGCUGCGCCUGAGCAAGCUGAGCAAGAGCCUUGCCCAGGCGCUUGAGGGCGUUAGGUUUUCGUCGCUGCAGAAGAAAAUAGAGGAGCUGGAGGCAUCCCUGAAGGAGGAGCUUGGGCUUGAAUUUACGGAGGACUCUUUUAUGUUUAACAGAGUGCUCUCCAUAAAGAACAGCACGAUAGACGCGUUUGAAAACGUCAUGUUUAGGGAGGGCCUGAUGCACGGAUUCUACGCGCUUGAGCCGCUGAUUGAGCAGCACAGCCGCACUUCCCAGAACAAGAAGCUCAUCCUGUACGCCUGGCUCGUUUUCGCGGCCUUGAACUUCCCGAUUGUCCCGCACGUGACAGAGCACGCCCUCAUGCGCGCAACGGAAAAUCCGUUUGUGGCUUCGGAAAUCCUGAGGAGGUCCGAGGUCGCGCAGAGCAUCGUGGAAAUGGGCGAGUGGAUCGACAAGGUCAUUGCGCACACGAAGAAGACCCUUGCCCGGCAGAAGAAGAAGCAGGCCGUGGGGAAGGUGCAGCUUGUUUUUCUGAAGGACUUCCUGCCGUGGCACAGGAAGGCGCAGAGCCUCACGCAGGAGGAGGUGAAGGAGAGAGGCCGCGAGUGGAAGGAGCUUGGGGUGACAAUCCCGGAAGUUUUGCAGUAUGUUGCAGCAAAGCCAAAAAUACUCGCAGGGAGGGCGCAGGCCCUGCGUCUGCUUUUGGAGAGGCUCCGGAGGGAGUUUGAGGUCGACUCGGUUUCCGUGGAGGAGGGCGAGGAGGGCGGCCUGGACUUGCCGAAAGUAAAAAUACACGCGAAAUAA